AUGUCUGAAAAAGUUGAAACUCAUGAAUUCACUGCUGAGAUCACUCAGUUGAUGUCUCUUAUCAUUAACACUGUCUAUUCAAACAAGGAAAUUUUCCUUAGAGAAUUAAUCUCUAAUGCUUCAGAUGCAUUGGAUAAGAUUAGAUACGAGGCUUUAGCUGAUCCAUCAAAGUUGGAAAGUGAACCAGAAUUAUUUAUUAGAUUAACUCCUCACAAGGACCAAAAGGUUUUGGAAAUCAGAGAUUCCGGUAUUGGUAUGACCAAGGCAGACUUGGUUAACAACUUGGGUACGAUCGCCAAAUCUGGAACUAAGGCCUUUAUGGAAGCUUUAUCUGCAGGUGCCGAUGUUUCCAUGAUUGGUCAAUUCGGUGUUGGUUUCUACUCCUUAUUCUUAGUUGCUGACCACGUUCAAGUUAUCUCCAAGAACAAUGAUGACGAACAAUACAUUUGGGAAUCUAACGCUGGUGGAAAGUUCACAGUUACUUUAGAUGAAACCAACCCAAAGAUUGGCAGAGGUACUAUCUUAAGAUUAUUCCUUAAGGAUGAUCAAUUAGAUUACUUGGAAGAAAAGAGAAUUAAGGAAGUUGUCAAGAGACAUUCUGAAUUCGUCGCUUACCCAAUUCAAUUGGUUGUUACCAAGGAAGUUGAGAAGGAAGUUCCAGUUGAAGAUGAAGAAAAGAAGGAUGAAGAAGAAUCUGAUGACAAGAAGCCAAAGUUGGAAGAAGUUGAAGAUGAAGAGAAGCCAGCUGAACCAAAGACCAAGAAAGUCACUGAAGAAGUUACUGAAACAGAAGAGUUAAACAAGACCAAACCUUUAUGGACCAGAAACCCAUCUGAAGUUACCAAGGAAGAAUACAAUGCUUUCUACAAGUCUAUCUCCAACGAUUGGGAAGACCCAUUAGCUGUCAAGCACUUCUCAGUUGAAGGUCAAUUGGAAUUCAGAGCCAUCUUAUUUGUUCCACAAAGAGCUCCAUUCGAUGCUUUCGAAUCAAAGAAGAAGAAGAACAACAUCAAGCUUUACGUUAGACGUGUUUUCAUUACCGAUGAAGCUGAAGACUUGAUCCCAGAAUGGUUAUCAUUCGUUAGAGGUGUUGUAGACUCUGAAGAUUUACCAUUGAACUUAUCCAGAGAAGUUUUACAACAAAACAAGAUCUUGAAGGUCAUUAAGAAGAACAUCGUCAAGAAGAUCAUCGAAACUUUCAACGAAAUUGCUGAAGAUCACGAUCAAUUCGAAAAGUUCUACACCGCUUUCUCCAAGAACAUCAAGUUGGGAAUUCACGAAGAUCAACAAAACAGAGCUGCUUUAUCUAAGUUAUUGAGAUACUACUCUACCAAGUCUACCGAAGAAUAUACUUCUUUAUCUGACUACGUCACCAGAAUGCCAGAACACCAAAAGAACAUUUACUACAUCACUGGUGAGAGUAUCAAGGCUGUUGAAAAGUCUCCAUUCUUGGAUGCAUUAAAGGCUAAGAAGUUCGAAGUUUUAUUCCUCGUUGACCCAAUUGAUGAAUAUGCUAUGACUCAAUUAAAGGAAUUCGAAGACAAGAAGUUAGUUGACAUUACUAAGGACUUCGAUAUCGAAGAAACUGAAGAAGAAAAGGCUGAAAGAGAAAUCGAAAUCAAGGAAUUUGAACCAUUAACUAAGGCCUUGAAGGAAGUUCUCGGUGAUCAAGUUGAAAAGGUUGUUGUAUCUCACAAGUUGGUUGAUGCUCCAGCUGCUAUCAGAACUGGUCAAUUCGGUUGGUCUGCUAAUAUGGAAAGAAUCAUGAAGGCUCAAGCUUUAAGAGACACCACCAUGUCAUCUUACAUGUCUUCUAAGAAGACUUUUGAAAUUUCUCCAAAGUCCGCCAUUAUCAAGGAAUUAAAGAAGAAGGUUGAAGCCGAUGGUGCUGAAGACAAGACCGUUAAGGACUUGACUACCUUAUUGUACGAAACUGCUUUGUUGACUUCUGGUUUCUCUUUAGAAGAACCAAGUUCAUUUGCUGGUAGAAUUAAUAGAUUAAUCUCUUUAGGUUUAAACAUUGACGAAGAAGAAGAAGAAGAAAAGGAAGCUGAAGGUACUACUACAGAAACAACUUCUGAACCAGCUGUUGAAUCUGCUAUGGAAGAAGUUGAUUAA